CGGCGGGGGACGACGAUGGGGGACGGACCGUCGACGCGGAAGUUGCUUUUCGCUUUCGGAUGCGCCCCAAAAGUAACUCGGCGGGUGAAUUUGUGACCUCGGCGGCUAAAUGAAGAGUCUUUGUGUAGCUAAACGCUAAACAUGUCCAACGUCAAAGCGCACAUCGCGAGAGCGACGCGCCUCUAUGAGCGUUACACCGAGUACGUGCGCAGGAACCCGGGCGCCACGGCGCAGCUGGAGAGCACGGUGCGGACCCUCUCCUACCUGAUCGCAGGACGAUUUGCAGAAUCCCAUGAAAUAUCUGAACUGGUCUCCCAACAGGAGGACCAGAAUGUGUGUUUACACCUCGUCUCUGUUCCAGUGUACUCGGCCUCCAACCUGCUGGUGCUCUUCAACGACAGCAUUCUGCGCAGAGGGCUGCGAUGCUCCUUCUCUGUGUCCGUCUCCCAGCAGAGGCUCCUCACCUGGCUCUCCGUGCUGGAGCACAUGGAGGUCUUCCUGGAGAUGGGGGCCUUCAGGCUGUGGGGGGACGCGGGCCGCUGGCUGGUGAUCGGACUCAUCCAGAUCUUUAAGGCAGUUUUCCGCCUCGUUCUUCUUCUGUGGUACAAAUCCGGAAUCCUGACCUCCCCCCCCAUAACCCCCCUGGACAGAGGAGCUGAGUUUGUUGGCGAAGACGACGGUAACCGGGAGCAACAGGAGGAGACCUGCUUUGUGGGUCAGAGGUCAGGGCGGGUCAUCAGGCCUCUCGGCAGCGCCCCCUCCCUGCAGGCCCGGCUGUGGGGGGCACCGACUCAGAAGAGGCGGAGCAGCUUCAGCGGGGAGAAGCUCCACAGCGAGCCGACGGCGCUCGGCCUCCGGGAGACGCUCGCCGAGUCGGCGUUCAUCGGCCGGCCGCUGGUCCACCUACUCUGCCUGGGGCUCUGUGGGAAACACUCGUGGAAGCCAUGGCUCGUCUCUGGAGUCCUGGAACUCUGCAGCUUCUCCGUGCUCCGGGACGCGAGGUUCGUGACCCGCUGGGAGCGAGCGGAGAUGAGGAGGAGAACCUUUCUGCUGCUCUACUACCUCCUCCGCUCGCCCUUCUACGACAAGUUCUCUGAGGAGAAGAUCCUCUUCCUGCUCAGACUUCUGGCCGAUCACGUCCCGGGGGUCGGACUCGUGGCUCGUCCUCUCAUGGAUUACCUCCCCACCUGGCAGAAGAUCUACUUCUACAACUGGGGAUAAGAAGCCUCCAGAGACCUCGUGGAUGUGACGCCCGCUUCGUCCCCGACGGAGAAACCUUUUUUAUUUUAGCAAGAGAAUUAAAAGCACAAUGUGGGUCCAACUCCUCCGUUAGAUGCCCCCCCCAGCCCCCCCCGGGGCUUCUUUACGACUUUGAGCUUGAUGCUCUGCAGACGAGGAGGAGCCGAACUUUGGCUCCUGGUCAAUCAAAGCUCAGGAGGCGAUGCGGCGGUUUCAAAUCUUUAUUAAACAUAGCGUUACGUUUCCUGUUUGCAGCCUCCAAUAAAUAGUUCAAUGUUUCCUUCUUUCGUCUCAGGCCCUGAAGCAACAUUUUAAUCUUAACAGAUACAAGUGGAAACUUCCAAAUUACAAAGAAAAGGUCCAACUGUACACUUGGGAUGUAAGAGGUGGAGAUGUUUGAUUCCUUUGGGCUCUCACAGCAGGUCCUGCUCUCCACAAACAAAGGUAAUAAAUAAGAGCCGCUCUGGUUUUAUACUUUACUUUGUGUAAAUUAAAUCAGACGUAAACACUAAAUGAAAAAUAAUGUUUUUUCUUCUUCAAAUAAAUGGUGGAAAUAUAAACGCACUUUUUUGUUAAAGUCGCAAUAGAAUCAAGAAAAACAUUUGAUAACAUGAAUCAAAAAACACUUUCUGGGUUUUUUUCAAACAUUUCUGUUAAAUAGAAUGUAGUGGAAUUAACAUUUUGAAAACUAAGACCAAAGUAAUUAAAAAAUUAAAAAAAACUCCCCCCCCCCCCCCCCUUCACGGUUUCCUUUAUGAAAAUACUUGGUGGGUCCUGUGAUCGAGUCUCUGGGAGGACGAGUGUCCCCUGCAGUCCGUCCUCAUCAGUACGAGCCGUAACGAUCCUGAAAAAGAUUCAAAGAGUCGUUUAAAGUCUGCAGCAGAUGGAGAAGAACCAGAGACACAACGUCCUCUUGUGGACGUAUUUUGGGUUCUAGAAUUCGCUCCCAUCAGACCGUGAGGCUGCGCUUUGGCCUCUGCUCUGAGAGUAAUCACUACUUAUGGAUAGAGGGGCCUGAUGGGUACAAAUCAUGAAUCAAUACACAAACAAAACCUGCAUUUUGUGAAUUGCCUGAAAUAA